AGAAGAAAUACGGUCAACAGCAGCUCAAAUCAGUGCUUCCUCACUCCGAAUCAGCAGAAACAGAAGUCAAGACCACCGUUCCGAAGGCAUUUCAACUCCAGCUGAUAGAUAGAUAGGAAUAUACCGCAAUGCAUCAGGAUCAGGGGAGGAAUACCUAUGUCCAAAUCGAAUCUCAGUCAGAAUAUGAGCUUCCCAGCGAGUUGCAGGAGCCCCAAAAUCCAAAGACUUGCUCGAGCAAGAUGAACAACUUUUUUCAAGCUGCUCUAUGGUGUUUGGCAGGUGGUACCUUGAUUGGCUUUGCAGUGUCCGUCUUGUGGUGGGAACCAGUCUGCCAGAGUCCAACGAGCUCCGCUUCAAACUCAGUUCCACAAACCCCAGUCCUCAAUUACAAUAACACCCAAUCGAGAGUUUAUUCCUCAACACGAGUCUUCCUCAAAAAAGAAGAGGAAUGUAACCCAUUUCAUGAAAAAGGUUUCCUGCAUUACAAUGCUAGUGAGCCCGGCGAUAACACUUGGAGACCUUAUGCCCCGGAUUGUAAACCUUCCAACCUUUUUCAAAAAUUGAAACAAGACCUUCAUUCUACUCGAGAGACUUUUGGUGCAAGUGAGAAAGACGAAUUUGCGUGGUUGAGGAAUAGGACGGUGGUGUUGAUUGGCGACUCAAUCGAUAGAUGGCAUAACGUCGAUUUCUGUAACGUGCUAUCGUGGGAGCCAGGCUCAACAGAGCGAGACCCCAUCAUAUCUGAAAAUCGACCAACCAAGACCUACUACGUCGGUGCAGACUCUCCACUAUCACCCCCUCCAUGGCACUUUCAUCCAGAAGAUCCUUUGAAACCUCCUGAGGAUUGGCCUGAGGAUGAACACGAGCUCUUCAAAUUUCAGACACCCAUUUGGGAUGCUGGACAAAUCAACGCUAAUACAACCAGACCUAGGGUUUGCGAAAUUCCUAAAUACGGAUUCAGAGUCGUCAGUCUCUUUAGUUGGGGCCUGGAUCCAAAGGAGGGCGGUAGACUUUAUGCUAACAUCUCUGGCUACUUUCCACCUGCUGAAUACACGAGUCGAAUCGACCACAUCUUGAAGCCAAUUUUAGAAAACCUUGCAACGCAAUCCAACAACACGUUAGUCACGAAGCCCGACCUCAUAGAGAUGUCAUCAGGCUUCUGGGAUCUUCGACAAUGGGCAGAAGAGGACAAGAAAAUAAUGGAGAAACGGAUCGGGAAACCGAUUGAUUAUCCCACUGAAUAUGGGAUUGGUUUUAGCGAUUUGGACCAGGAUCGAUUGAAUUGGUGGAGCGAAAGACAGAAGAAAGCUAUCCGAUUCGUCUCCGACGCUUUUCCUCAAUCCCAAACUCCUAUCCUCUGGCGAAGCUUGCAUCACACUCAGACCCAUCAUUGGGUCGGGUACGAUCGAGUCAACCAGAUCGAUCAAUUGGCUAGAUAUAAUAUCGAGAUGUUGAAACUGGAAGAUUCUAGUCUCGAGCCCCGCCUGAGGAUUGAUGAAUGGGGUGCUCUUAUGCUUGGUCAAGAACACCAUUUCAGGGACGUGAUGCAUGUCCGCGAACUGCCUGGUGGAGUCUUAUGGGGAGACGUGAUGCUUUGGGAACUUCGACGUGCAGUCAAGAAACGUGGAUCAACUUAUUACUCAGCGUGAAUUACUCAACUUCUUUUCUUUUACUGCUCCUUUUCUUAUUUCGUCGUGUGCUUCAAAUAAAACAAAACACAUGAAAAGAAUGUCAUAUAGAUUCAUCACAUACAAAUAGUCUUGGGGAGAUUAAGCUUCUUUAUUUCACAUUGAAAAAAUCUUUUCAUUUAUCUUUGUAGUCCUUCCUUUUUUGUAUAAUUCCUCCCUUUGAAAUCAUUCUUUGAGGUGCAUGAUAAAAA